AUGUCUGGUAAAAGGUAUCAUACUAAAGGUAUAAAUGUUAUAGAGGUUAACAGUGCUAGGGAUGCCCAUGCAAGAACUGUUCAUGCAAGAUUACCGGUUAAUCAGCAGCCACAACAGCAACAACAAGACUUUACAAGAGAACAACUUCCAAUACCAAGCAGAAGCGUAUAUCCGAGGCCCAGCGCAACUACACCAAGGCAUAUUUGUAACAACCCAAAUAACCCACCAUGUGCAAGAUGUGGUACAACGAUUAUACCAUCACCAAGAGCAACUUUGCCCCUAGAGGAUUGUCCUUCUGUAACGAUUGAUAAUUGGACAAUUUCUACUAGAAAGAGACCGAUAUUAAAUUCACAAGAGUUUGAGAAUUGGGAGAGUAACAAAUUGAAAGGGUUGACUUUACCAGAAAUGAUCUUCGGUAAUAAUUAUGUAAGGGUAGAGAACACUAGAGACAAUUGGACAUUAGAAUUUAACGCACUUGAUGCCUUAAAGCACGUUAAGUUAGAGGACUCUGGUAUCAGGGUCGCAUAUUCCCAAAAAUGGAUUGAUUCAAAACAAGAGAAGCACAGGAAAAACCUGCCAGAAGGUGCAAGUUUUGACAUCGAGGAAUCUUCCUUGAAGAUUGCUCAUCACUACGAUUGGACUUAUACGACUAAAUACAAGGGAACUGAAAGUGGGACAUCGAGAUUACAAAGGGACGAUGAGGCGAAGCUACCAAUAGAUAAAUUAUCACGACCUGAUAACAUUUUGUUCUAUGAUGAUAUGAUUCUUUUUGAAGAUGAGUUGGCGGAUAACGGUAUUUCCAUGCUUAACGUGAAGAUACGUGUUAUGGAUGAAAGGUUACUAAUUCUUAGUCGGUUUUUCCUAAGGGUCGAUGACGUUUUAAUAAGAGUGAUAGAUACAAGGGUUUGCAUAGAAUUUCAGGAGAAUAAAGUCUUGAGAGAGUUCAAAGAACAUGAAGGUGCUUACAAGGAUAUUAUCCUCAGACACAGAUCUUCGCAUUCUCAUGAUCCAAAGGCAGCUCUUAGGGACAGCAAUUGGGUUGUGCAGAAUACACCUCUCGUUAGUCGACAAUGCGAAUCACUAGCAUUUUGA